GCAGAUUGUAACACAUUCUUCCCCUGUUGAAUUCACGUGUUCCCUCCUAAAUCAGAACAGUUAAUGCAUCUUUCCUUUCACUCGAAAACACACAGAAACCUAAGUUCACAGUCGAUUUCUCUCCACGAUUAAGCCAUGCCGUAGCCUCCGUUGCAGCGAUCUUCGUCGCGCCAGCUCCGUCGCGCCGUCUCCGUCGCACCGUCUCCGUCGCGCCGUCUCCGUCGCACCGUCUCCGUCGCGCCGUCUCCGUCGCACCGUCUCCGUCGCGCCGUCUCCGUCGCAUCGUCUCCGUCGCACCAGCUCCGUCUAGCAGUCUUUGUCGCGCUAGCUCCAUCGAAAACUUAAGUUCAGAGUGCCAAUCGAUUCCGCUCCGCGAUUAAGCCAUGUCGUAGCCUCCGUUGCAGUAGCCUCCGUUGCAGGGAUCUCCGUCGCACCAGCUCUGUCGCGCCGUCUCCGUCGCGCCAGCUCCGUCGCGCCAAAUCCGUCGCGUCAGCUCCGUCGUGCCAACUCCGUCGCGCCAGCUCCGUCGUGCCAACUCCGUCGCGCCAGCUCCGUCGCGCCAGCUCCGUCGUGCCAACUCCGUCGCGCCAGCUCCGUCGUGCCAGCUCCGUCGUGCCAGCUCCGUCGCGCCAGCUCCGUCGUGCCAGCUCCGUCGUGCCAGCUUGUUAGAUUUUAGCAUGAGUUUGAUGGAAACUCAAAUCAUCAAAAUUCAUGUUGCAUUUUUUUAAGCUACUUCUAUCGCCAUGGAUAUAAUAUCUCUGCACCUGAUAUACCAGGCAGCUGCAACUGGAGGUCUGGAGGCAAGUCUUGUAACAGAUUAUGUUCUGAAGAUUCUGGGGUUGGAUAUAUGUGCUGAUACAAUGAUGGGGGAUGAAAUGUUGUGCGGUGUAUCUGGAGGACAAAGGAAGCGGGUUACUACAGGGGAGAUGUUGGUUGGACCAGCAAAUGCUCUCUUCAUGGAUGAAAUAUCCACUGGUUUAGACAGUUCCACAACUUUUCAAAUCGUCAAGUGUCUCAAGCAUUAUGUUCACAUUCUUGAUGGAGCUGUAGUUAUCUCUUUACUCCAGCCAACACCGGAGACUUAUGAACUUUUUGAUGACAUUGUUCUUAUAUCUGCUGGCCAAAUUGUCUACCAAGGACCCCGCCAACAUGUUCUUGAAUUUUUUGAAUCUGUUGGUUUCCAAUGUCCCGAGAGGAAAGGUGUUGCUGACUUUCUACAAGAAGUAACUUCAAGAAAGGACCAAGAGCAGUAUUGGAUGCAUAGAGGUGAAGCAUAUAGGUUUGUAACUGUCACUCAAUUUGUUGAGGCAUUUCAGUCAUUUCAUGUUGGAAGGAGAAUCCGAGAAGAGCUUGCAAUUCCAUUCGACAAGUCCAAAAGCCACCCAGCUGCAUUAACCACUAGAAGAUAUGGUGUGAACAAGAAGGAAUUGUUAAAGGCUAACAUUUCAAGAGAGUUUUUGCUCAUGAAAAGGAAUUCAUUUGUUCACAUCUUCAAGCUGCUCCAGCUUACGACCUUGGCAAUAUUGACCAUGAUAAUGUUUCUGCGAACCGAGAUGCACCGGGAUAAUCUGGGUGAUGGAGGUGUUUAUACUGAACGUUCUGGAAAGGCUAAUUCUGUUGUGAGUUGUAGCCGCAUAGAGAAUAGAGGAAUGGUUCUUCCUUUUGAACCAUAUUCUAUUACAUUUGAUCAAAUAGUGUACUCUGUUGAUAUGCCACAAGAAAUGAAGGAUCAAGGUGUAAGGGAGGAUAAAUUGGUGCUUUUGAAAGGUGUGAGUGGUGCAUUUUGUCCUGGUGUUCUCACAACUUUGAUGGGUGUAAGUGGUGCUGGGAACUUUUUAGUAAUAAUAUAACAGGGAAAAUACCAACUAAGCUUGGGAGUUUGAGAAACUUGGUGAGCCUGGAGCUUAACUUGAACAAAAUUACUGGUCCCAUUCCAGAAGAAUUAGGCAACCUUAAAAACCUACGUUUCCUGCGUCUCAACAAUAACAACUUGUCAGGAAAAAUUCCUAUGCCUUUGACCAAUCUCUAUAAACUGCAAGUGCUGUGAGUUUUAAUCCUCUGUCUACAUUGCUAUCAGCACUGUGUUAUUUUAUGUGUAACCUGACACAUGUCAUUGAAUCUAGUGAUAUAUCAAAUAACAACUUAACAGGAGAUGUCCCAACCAAUGGUUCUUUUUCACUUUUUACUGUUAUCAGCGAACCAAUGAUGCAAAUGAGCCUGAGUCUUCUAUGGGUAUAAGAGGAUUAUCUGGUGGUAGCAACAUGUAGGGUGUUGAUGAUGUUGUUUAGGAUGAAACUAUUUUAGUGUAUUAUGAACUUUGAGUAAGUAUGGAUUAAGUUGUAAUUGUUUCAAUUUAAAUUACU